UAGAUGUAUGAAAUAUAUAACUAAAAAUUCGCUCGCGCCGCGAUCAGUAGUGAACGAGGUACCGGCGCGUCCAGUGACCGAGCAAAACCGCGGCGUUACACUAGUUCGACGGAAAAAAGAGUGUAUGACACGGCAGAUAUAAUAGAGAAAAUAAUAUAAUCAAAAUGGUGGCGAACGGGACAGUGAAGAAUGGCGGGAAAAAUGAAAAAGUACAAGCGGCAACGCUGGACGAGGCCAUGUUGAUGUCAGGUCUGGGAGUGUACAACAUCCUGCACAUGCUGCUAUGUGGCCUCAUUCUGAUGGGGGUCAUCAUGCAGAGCCUCGCGCUUGGCUACGUACUGCCGGCUGCACAAUGCGACCUGGACCUCACUCUUCAGCAACGGGGGUGGAUAGCUGCCAUCCCUUUUAUGGCCAUGAUCCUGACGGGUUACUUCUGGGGGUGGCUAGCAGACACCCGCGGUCGCCGGCCAGUGCUGCUCUACUCCAUGAUGACGUCAUUCCUGCUCACCGUCCUCGUCAGCUUCACGCCGAACAUGAUCAGUUUCGCUGUACUCCAAUUCUUAUCUGCUAUAUUCAUGUCUGGCUCCUCAGCAGUAGCAUACACCUACCUGGGUGAAUUUAACAACCUUCGCCAUAGAGACAAGAUGGUUGCAUUCGGAUCUGCCUUCGUGGGAAUUGGAACCGUUGUCUUGCCUGCAAUAUCCUGGCUGAUCCUGCCCCUAGACUUCGCGUAUUAUAUCAGCUUCCUGAACAUUUACUACCGCCCGUGGCGCCUCCUGGUGGUUGCCUGUGGCAUCCCUUAUGCUCUCUCAUCAAUAAUUAUGUGCUUUGCACCGGAAAGUCCCAAGUUCCUGACCGCAGCUGGAAGGCAAGAGGAAGUCUUGGCAGUUAUGAAGACCAUUUAUUCCGUCAACUAUCGGAUGCCUAAGGAUACUUUUGGAGUGGAAACAAUAAUAGUAGACAAGCAAGCGGCCACUGACGAGAAGUUGGGCGUAUUCCGCGCCUUGUUGAAGUCGAUGCGGGAGCAAACGUUACCGCUGUUCCGCGCGCCGCUGCUGCCGUGGACGCUGCUCACUUGUUUUGUUCAGUUCGGAAUAUUUGCUACAACUAAUGGUUUUUACGUCUGGUUCCCCACGAUCCUGAACUCGGUGGUGAACCACGAUGGCGGACCGAUGAGGAUUUGUGAUGUGCUGGCUUACAACAAACACGGAAAUGAUACUGAGGUUGGUUGUGACGACACUAUGAACACAGCGACAUUCGAACAAUCCAUCUACAUCGGCCUCGUCUUCAGUUCCAUGUACAUCAUCGUGGGAUUCCUGGUCGACUUCAUCGGAAAGAAGCUUAUCCUGAUCGUGGUUCUCAGUGCCACUGGAUUGUGUGGGAUUGGAGCUCAUUUUGCGGCUAAUACUCAAUUAGCUGUGAUUCUAUUCGCCAUCUUCCAAAUGUCAGGAGCUUGCAUUGGUUUGAUGAAUGCGGUGGCUGUGGAACUGUUCCCUACGAAAUACAGGGCGAUGGCGGUCUGCCUGUGCAUGAUGAUGGGGCGCGCCGGCUCCAUGGUGGGCUCCAACCUCAUCGGCGUGUUCCUGCAGUCCAACUGCGGACUCAGCUUCUAUCUGUUCGGGGGAAUUCUUAUUGUAAACGCCGCUUUCUGCAUAACCCUUCCAAACAAGAAGAAAAACAACAGCCCAGCCAAGGAGAUCCCAGCUGAACCGACCGAAAACGAAACUCACGAACCAGUAUGAAGAAGUUCACACUAACGCAUGAACUCGGCUUCACACGCAGCUGCAAAUGUAUGAGAAAGAGUAUCCUAAGAAAAUCAAGAGAGAAUUUUGAGACUAAGCGCUUUGAAGCAGAAACAUUCUAGAAGAAUGUAUUCCAGAUGUCUUAAGUGCCAUAAUAUACUUACUUAGUUGUAAAAUUUGUUGUAUUUUAAGUGUAAUUUAAGUAAAGAGACUUAAGAUUUUGUUAUAUCUUUUUCUAUUUUAUACGAUCUUCUUUCUUCUUUUUAUUAAACUUGAAUUCUAGCGUU